CCAACUGAUGGAGAUUUUGAAGGUUGCAUACUGGCACGAUCAAUUCCGAAUAUUGGCAAUUGGACUGUAUUCACUUCUGUGCAAUUAGAAAAGUUACAAAAACAUGAAAUCGAAAAACCCAUACCAUAUUUCUCAACUUUAACAAAGCCAAAUUCUGAUUGGCAGAUACCAUUGCCAAACUCUGAAAAAUAG